AUGCCCAAAUACCCAAUCGUGCUUGCCCAUGGCCUUCUGGGCUUCGCAGAGCUGAAGCUUGCGGGAUCUUACCUCCCUCCGAUCCAUUACUGGCACGGAAUCAAAGAGGCCCUGACCGAGAAUGGCGUCGAGGUUAUCACGGCUACAGUCCCGCCAACUGGGAGCAUCGAGGAGCGCUCUGCAAAGCUCCGGGAUCAUAUCCUUCAGGAAUCUCAUGGGCGGCCAGUCAAUAUCAUUGCCCACUCGAUGGGCGGCCUGGAUGCGAGGUACAUGAUCAGCUAUGCUCACAGACGUCGCACCCAGCGACAGGAAAAGCAGCAUCCCUCAAACGACAUCAACGUCCGAUCCCUGGUCACCAUCGCCAGCCCUCACCACGGCUCAGCCUACGCAGACUACCUUCUUGAACAAAUAGGUCCGGAACGGCUACCUGGAGUCUACGAGGCGUGGAAACGCACGACCGGGCUUAGCACCGGUGCCUUUUCGCAGCUCACCCGCAAGUACAUGUCGCAGGAAUUCAACCCGAGGACACCGGACGACCCGGACGUACAGUACUUCUCGUACGGCGCGGCCCUGAACCAGAAACCUCCACUCCUGAGCCCAUUCCGGGCGUCCUUCAAUGUUUUGAGCAAGGAGGAAGGGCUCAACGAUGGCCUGGUUAGCGUGGAAAGUUCGAAGUGGGGAGCGUACAAGGGCACGCUGGAGAACGUCAGCCAUCUGGAUCUGAUCAACUGGACGAACAGGGUCAGGUGGGCGAUGAGGAGGUUGAUGGGCGAGGAGAAUCCAAACGGAAGCUUUAACGCCACCGCUUUCUACGUUCAGAUUGCAGAGAUGCUUGAAAAAGAAGGACUGUAA